AUGCACGGGCAUGCGCACCUCCAUGAGCGCAAAGUGGAGGAGGUCGAGCCGCGAGGCAACAUUGAAGAGCGUGGAGAUGUCGUGAUUGUCUACAAGACUAUGGAUCCGGAUUUCAACGGGGAAGUUGGAGGCUACGUAACCGGAAACCAGCAAACCACCGAAGCAGAAACAGCGACACAGAAGAACGUCGGUGUCGGUGCCGCUGUUGGGGUGCACGCUACGACUACCAGGGAUCAGACCACCGAGGCCCAGACGACUGAUGAACCAACAACCACCAGUGUGAAGGAGGAACCAACCACCACACAGCACACUGAGGCCAAGACCACCCAGGAGACUACCGCUCAAACUACCGAAGCCACUAAGGCCGAGACCUCAGAGACCACUGAGACCAGUGACACGCAAGCUUACAGCACCACCACCAGUCAGAACUCACAGGCGUCUGUGACUACAACUUCAUUCGUCACUUCCGCCUCGCCUACCUCGGAAACCAGCGAUAUCGACAACAUUCUGGCGGCCACCUCCGGCGCCUCGGCUACUGACUCGUCCGCAUCAGCCUCGAGCACUGCCAUUGGAAGCGCCGCAUCUGAAGGUAUUACUGGAGGUGCCAAAGCCGGUAUUGCUAUCGGUGUUAUCUUUGGUGUCGGAAUCAUUGCCGCCUUGAUCUUCUUUUGCGUCCGUAAGAAGAAGAAGCAGGCCCAGGAGGACUAUCAGCAAGAAAGCGAGAAGGGAUACGGCGGCGAGGGUCUGCCCGAAGGCCACGCUGCUUCUUUGCCAGUACCACCACCCAAGGGACAGCCCAUUUCCACCGCUCCCGUGCUCAACGUUCGCCCUGUUACUCAAUUCGCGCCUGAUCUAAGCGGCGGCAACGGAUUCAACCCCGCGGUGGCAGGUGCCGCAGGUGCUGCAGCUGGAUCGGCCGCUGUUGCUUCUCGAAACCUCACCGAUGAAACACCCCCUGCCACUCCCCCAAAGCCUGAUGUCGACAGCCCGAAUCCUUUCAGUGAUCCAGUGAAUCCUUUCGGUUCAGCUCUCACUCCUGUCACAGAAGGACCUCCCUCCAUUGCCGAAACAACAACUGGACCUUCUGGUGCGACUGUUGCUGCCGCCGCUGUCGGCGCAGGAGCUGCAGGAGCUGCACUUGCACACAGAGCUUCCAACGAUUCUGAAAGCUACCAAUCCGCGAACUCCCGUGGUCCUUCCCCGACUGAAUCCAACCCAUCUGCGACAAUGCCCGUGGAUCCCCAGGGUGCUGCCAUGGCGGGUGCUGGUCUCGCAGGCGCCGCCGCUGCACCGGUGAUUGCAGGUGCCGGUGGUCCCCCACCUAACAAUGUUCACCGUGUUCAAUUGGACUUCAACCCCUCCAUGGAAGAUGAGCUUGGCCUUAGGUCUGGCUCCCUCGUACGCUUGGUUCACGAAUACGACGACGGAUGGGCUCUCUGCAUCCGCAUGAAUGGAUCCCAGCAAGGCGUCGCGCCCAGAUCUUGCUUGUCUGCUCGUCCUGUCAUGCCCCGUCCUCGUCCUCCUCCCGGUGCCCGUGGGCCACCCAUUAUGGGCCCCGAUGGACGCCCAAUGAUGCCUGGUGGCCCUCCACCUGCUGGUCGUUACUAUCCCCAGGACGCUCGCCCAGGGUCCCCUGGCGGCCCCGGGUUCGCUGGGCCUCCCCCUCGUCCUUACCCCAAUGGCUCAAUGGCGCCUGUUCAGUUCCCCGCGGUGCCCCGCUCAGGGUCCCCUGGACCGGGUGGAAUGCCAGGCCCCCGCUCCAUGUCCCCGGGACCUCGCUCUAUGUCCCCAGGUCCUGGAGGAAUGCCCGGUCCUCGUAACAUGUCACCCGGACCAGGCCGACCUGGCCCACGAAACAUGUCCCCCGGCCCUGGCCGCGGCCCUCACCCCGGUCCCCGCUCAAUGAGUCCUGGACCGUACGGACCCCCGGGCAUGCAAGGACCUGUGAUGCCUGUCAACCAACGCCAACGCAGUAACAGCUCCGGUAACGUCGCUCCUCCUGCCGCCGCUGCUGCCGCCGCACCGCCAGUUUCCAGCCCCCUUGCCGCCCCUGCGCCCGCUCCUACUAGUGAUCUUCCGGCGCUUCCAGACUCUCCACCGGCAUCCCCGCCUACCUCUCCCUCCGGCUCAAUCUCGCGAAAGCCCCUCCCUACUCAGGGUGCUUAG